CGCGCUGCGAUGGAGGCGCCCGUGCCCGGGAGGCGGAGGCGGAGGAGGAGGAGCAGGAGCGCGGCCAUGGCUGGGUGCGUGAUUCCAGGCGGCGGCAGUGAUUUUCUAAAGGCUGAUGCAGCCAGUGUCUGGGCAUAGCAGGGGUGUUCCCUGUGCCCAUUCUCUCCCCCUCCUGUCCAACCGCCCUGGGGGGGCCGGCGAUGCGGUGAUGUACGCCACGGAGUGCAAGGCGGAGGUGACGCCCUCCCAGCAUGGCAACCGGACCUUCAGCUACACCUUAGAGGACCACACCAAGCAGGCCUUUGGCAUCAUGAAUGAGCUUCGACUCAGCCAGCAGCUCUGUGAUGUGACUCUGCAGGUCAAAUAUGAGGAUGCGCCUGCUGCCCAAUUUAUGGCUCACAAGGUGGUACUGGCUUCCUCCAGCCCAGUCUUCAAGGCCAUGUUCACCAAUGGGCUGCGGGAGCAGGGCAUGGAAGUGGUCUCUAUUGAGGGCAUCCACCCCAAGGUGAUGGAACGACUCAUAGAGUUUGCCUACACUGCCUCCAUCUCCAUGGGGGAGAAAUGUGUACUGCACGUGAUGAAUGGGGCUGUCAUGUACCAGAUUGACAGCGUAGUACGGGCUUGCAGUGACUUUUUGGUGCAGCAGCUGGACCCCAGCAAUGCCAUUGGCAUUGCCAACUUUGCUGAGCAAAUUGGCUGUGUUGAACUCCAUCAGCGUGCCCGGGAGUACAUCUAUAUGCACUUUGGGGAGGUAGCAAAGCAGGAGGAAUUCUUUAACCUGUCCCACUGCCAGCUGGUCACUCUCAUCAGCCGGGAUGAGCUUAAUGUGCGCUGUGAGUCCGAGGUCUUCCAUGCCUGCAUCAAUUGGGUCAAAUAUGACUGCGAGCACCGCCGAUUCUACAUUCAGGCCCUUCUUCGUGCUGUCCGUUGCCAUUCCCUUACUCCUCACUUCCUGCAAAUGCAGCUGCAGAAAUGUGAGAUCCUCCAGUCAGAUUCACGUUGUAAGGACUAUCUGGUGAAGAUCUUUCAGGACCUCACCCUGCACAAGCCCACCCAGGUGAUGCCCUGCCGGGCACCCAAGGUGGGCCAACUCAUCUACACAGCAGGAGGCUACUUCCGCCAGUCCCUCAGCUACCUGGAGGCCUACAACCCAUGUGAUGGCACAUGGCUCCGCCUUGCCGACCUACAGGUGCCUCGCAGUGGCCUUGCAGGCUGCGUGGUAGGUGGCUUGCUGUACGCCGUCGGGGGGAGGAACAAUUCCCCAGAUGGCAACACAGACUCCAAUGCCCUUGACUGCUACAAUCCCAUGACUAAUCAGUGGUCCCCCUGUGCGCCCAUGAGUGUGCCCCGAAAUCGCAUUGGCGUUGGCGUCAUUGAUGGCCUCAUCUAUGCCGUGGGGGGCUCCCAUGGCUGCAUUCACCACAAUAGCGUGGAGAGGUACGAGCCAGAACGCGAUGAAUGGCACUUAGUCGCACCAAUGCUGACACAAAGGAUUGGGGUGGGAGUGGCUGUCCUGAAUCGCCUGCUCUAUGCAGUUGGUGGCUUUGAUGGGACAAACCGCCUCAAUUCUGCUGAGUGCUACUACCCGGAAAGGAACGAGUGGCGGAUGAUUGCACCCAUGAACACCAUCCGAAGUGGGGCAGGGGUCUGUGCUCUGCACAACUGCAUCUAUGCUACAGGAGGAUAUGAUGGCACCGAUCAGUUGAACAGUAUGGAAAGAUAUGAUGUGGAAACAGAGACCUGGACUUUUGUGGCCCCCAUGAAACAUCGCCGGAGCGCACUUGGAGUCACUGUACACCAGGGAAAGAUCUAUGUCCUUGGUGGAUAUGAUGGACACACAUUUCUGGACAGCGUGGAAUGCUAUGACCCAGCUACUGACACAUGGAGUGAGGUGACACAUAUGACAUCUGGCCGCAGUGGGGUGGGGGUGGCUGUGACCAUGGAGCCUUGUCGAAAGCAGAUUGACCAACAGAACUGCACCUGUUAAAAGAUUUUUAUCUCUUUGGCAAUAUUGUCAGGUUGAGUUUUUUGUAAGAAAAUGAAAAACAAAGCAAAAAAAUCAUUUCCAAGACCAGAGGCUGG